AUGACGGACCAGCCGCCACAGCUCGACUCGGAGCUGGAGUCAUUCCGGCAGCAAUGGCGCUCAGAGCUCAACACAAAGAAAACUAUACCGGAAUUGCAGACCUCUCAACCCAGACACAAGGCACCAGCAUUUUCCAAGCCAUCCGCCCCCGCAGAGAGCUCGAGGGUCGCGGCCGCAAAGAGAUCUCAACUGGAAGAGGACGAGGAAUAUGCCCGUUCUCUGGUUUUCGAUGAACCAACGCCCUUACCUUCAGGGCCCAGUUCGGUGCAAUCCGCACCGCAAGAGUCCAAGGAGCUGGUAUCGGCCCUGGACCAUUUUGAGGAAGCCGUGGAGAAGGAGGCCAUUGGGAGUUUGGGCGACAGCUUAAAGCUGUAUCGCAAGGCUUUCAGGAUGGAUAGCAGAGUGGAUUUGGCAUACAGAAAGAAGCAUUUCCCUGCCGCCGCGGCGAAAGUGGCUCAGCCGUCAGCGUCGGACGCUCAGGCUGCUGGGCCAACUGCGGCAGGCAAGCCAUCAGAUGCGCAACAACAGACCAUUGGCGAACUGAUUGCCAGUUUUUCCGGCCUUUCCGUAGCAGCAGCACCUCCGCCCGUGGAGGGAGACCCAGAACCGCCCUGCCCUAUCGCGGAGAUGCCCCAGGAGAUUCUGGUUCACAUCUUUAAGGACGUUGCUGUCCUCGACGUCGGAGACUUUGUUCGCCUUUCGUUAGUGUGCAAACGUUUUGCUUAUGUCGUCGCCACCGAGCAACAGAUCUGGCGCUGCGUCUGUCUGGGCCCGGAAUUCGGCUUCUCUGGGAUGCAUUACCAUUGGCAAAGAGGCGUUUCCUGGGAGCCCCUGGGGCAGGAAGAGGACACGACAGACCUGGAGUACGUCACCAUGGAGGAGUUGGCGCGACGCCGCUGGGACGAAAACGAAGCCACCACCUUCGCGCUACUGUCGGAUAUCUACUCGUCGUCGUGGCAGAGCAUGUUCAGACACCGGCCGCGGAUUCGCUUCAACGGCUGUUAUAUCAGCACCGUCAACUACAUCCGCCCGGGCCAGGCGAACGCGAACCAGAUCACAUGGAAUAGCCCCGUGCAUAUCGUCACGUACUACCGGUAUCUCCGCUUCUUCCGCGACGGCACCGCCAUCAGCCUCCUCACCACCGACGAGCCUGCCAGCGUCGUACACUAUAUGACCCGUGAGCUGCUCGAGCAGCACCGCGGCGGCGCCGCCGCCCACCUGCCGUCAGUCGUCAUGCAGCACGGCCUCCGCGGGCGGUGGCGGCUAUCUUCUGCGCUGGACCACCCGGACGCGCCUCUGAACGAGACCGAGGGGGACUUGUUCGUGGAGACGGAAGGGGUCGGCGUGAAGUACACGUAUAGAAUGUAUCUGGAGGUGCGGAGCGCGGGGAAGGGGAAGGGCGCGCGGAACACGAAGCUCAUGUGGAAGGGCUUCUACAGCUACAACAAACUAACGGAUGACCUGGGCGAGUUCGCGCUAAAGAACGGCAAGCCCUUCUUCUUCAGUAGAGUUAAGAGUUACGGUGUCGGCGAGUGA